ACCCCACCAGCAACGGGCCCCCCCUCCCCCUCCUCCUUCCAUUCCAUUUCCCCCGUCCCAGUCAAAAUCCCCUGUGCGGCGGCGACGAGGCCAUGGAUCCCGCCGCCGCCGCCGCCGCGGCGCGGCGGUGGAUAGGCGUGGCGGAGAAGCUCCUGAUGGCGCGCGACCUCGAGGGGUGCAAGCAGUUCGUCUCCCAGGCGCUCGCGGACGACCCGACUGCCCCCGGCGCCGACGACCUGGCUGCCGCCGCCGACAUCCUCCUCGCCGCCCAGCGGCGGCGCCUCCCCUCGGGGGGCCCAAACCCCUACGCCGUCCUGGGGCUCGACUAUGCGGACCCGGCCUCCCGCGACCCCGACGCCGUCCACUCCUCCUACCGCCGCCUGUCUCUCCUCCUCAACCGCUCCCACCCCGACCGCCCAUGCUUGCAUGCCUUCGCCGACGCCGCUCGCCUCGUCGCGGAAGCAUGGGCGUUUCUGUUUGACCCCGUCCGCAAAGCCUCUCUCGACUCCGACCUCGACGCCGCGGCGGCAGCCGCACGCACGCCUCCCGCCCCCUGUCCGGAGAAGCAGCACCCGCCGGCACCGCGGCAGCCGCAGCCGCAGCCGCGGUCGCCGCCGCCUGUUCCCGCAGCGCCGCAGGCGUCCUCGGCGGUGACUCCGCCGCCGAAGCCAAAGCGCGGGAGGCCGCCGCGCGCUAAACCCCAACGGACGCCGGAGCGGCGGCAGGAGGCGGAGGCGCCGACCCCGCACGCGGCGACGUUCUGGACGGCCUGCCCGUCCUGCUGCAACCUGCACCAGUACAGCCGCUCCUACGAGGAGCGCACCCUGCUCUGCCCCAGCUGCCGCAAGCCGUUCGUCGCCGCGGCAAUGGCCACGCCGCCGCCCAUCGUGCCGGGCACCGACAUGUACUACUGCUCAUGGGGUUUCUUCCCGCUGGGGUUCCCCGGAGGCCCCGCGUUCGCCGGACCAACCAGCUCUUCCCCCACGCAGCAGCAGGCGCCCGCCGCCAUGGGAUUUUAUCCAAUGGGGCCCUACCUGCCAUUGCCAGGUGAAGGCGGCGCUGUCGAAGGCAAUACUGCGGUUGGUGCCACCGCGGACGUUGCCACAGUGAAAGCGCCAGCGCCGGCGGCGCCAUUGCCGGUGAAGCCCAAGCAUGUAAAGGUUGGGGCAAAGAAGCGAGGGCGGCCCAAAGGAAGCAAGAACAAGCAUGUGGUGAUCGAGAUCAAUUAGAAUUUUGGCCAAAUUUUGCUCUUUGCUAAGCUGAUGGUUCUGAAUCUGUGUGAUAGAUUCUCGUUUGCUGAUGAGAGUGAGAAAGUGAGGUGAAGAGGAUUGCAGCUUCUACUCCAGCAAUUUUGGUGAUGAACAAUUUCCCACUUCUUUCAGUUGGUUGUCAGAACUUAGCUCAGCUGACCCGUGGUAGGUUUAUUCAGUGUCCAUUAGAUGGUAGAUUUUGUGUUGUGCCAAGCCACCUCGAGAGCAAGAUUUGUUGUAAGAUUGUCAAAUGGGUAAUUCGUAGUUUCGCAGUGCCAAAUGUACAUUACUUAGGAUGAUGCAACUGCUUUUAAUCUCUGCAUGUGUAGCUGAAAAUGUACACUAGCAAUGAGGUUGCGAGAACUCUGGCUAAUUCGGCAGUUUUGAGUUCAAUGGCUAUGUUAUGGAGAACUAUGAUCUCUGUUUCAUAUCAUAAGACUUUUUAAUCUACUGAUGAAUGUAUAUAAUUUAUAUAUAUGUCUAUGUCUUAUGUUGUGAAACAAAGAGAGU